GUUAUAAACAUGGAGGCGGAUCUUUCCCGAGCACCUCUGGUCAAAAACAAGUACCGUGUACUGUACCAACUGGAGGACGAGCUGAGUUGUUUUUAAAAAUACUACUCAUUUACUAUUAUUUAAAAAUGAGGAUAAUUACUGCUGCAAAUGGACGGGUUUAGAUAGCAUUCAGGGUACCCUAUAUUGAUCCGAGUCAGUAGGAGGUGAAUAAUCCCCCAGCUGUGAUGUCCCCUCCCACCGCCCCUGUCGCCACAGAGACACGGAGCAUGACCUCUGACCCGUCCCACCUCGGAACUCUGGGUUGUAAUGUCCGACUGAAGGCAGCCACACCUAACAGCACAGGUUGUACCUGGCUGGUUGUCCUAGCAGCGAUAGCUGCGUCUCUCAGUGGCUUGAUGUUGGGCUAUGAAUUAGGCCUGACCUCCGGGGUCCUGCUCCAGCUAAGGGGUAUCCUCUCUCUGUCAUGCCGGGAACAGGAGCUCCUGGUGGGGUCUCUGCUGCUGGGCUGUCUGGUGAUCUCCAUUGUUGGAGGCUGGGGCCUGGACCGCUACGGACGUCGCUGGUCCAUGCUUCUGUCCGGAGGCCUGGUGGCUGGGGGUACCUUGCUACUACUGCUCCCGGCCUCGCUCACCACGCUGUCGCUCGGCCGCGCCGUGGUUGGCAUGGGGACAGCGCUGUCGGGUACGGCGGCGUGCAUGUACAUAGCGGAGAUUGCGCCACGGGAGCGCCGUGGGUUGUUAGUGACACUGUACGAGCUGAUGGUGGUUGUCGGGGUAUUGCUAGGUUUCGGGUGUAGCUACGCAUUCUCUGCGCUGCCUAAUGGCUGGAGGUUCACCUUCGGGCUUGUCCUCCCGCCGGCCGUUCUACAGGCUGCUGCCCUCGUCCUCCUCCCACCCAGCCCGCGCUUCCUCGUUGCCAGGGGCGACUCGGCGCGGGCCAAGGAGGUGCUGGUCCGUCUGAGGGGCGUGGCCAGCAGGGAGACCGUGGAGGAGGAGCUACGGGGCAUCCAGGCGGGGCUUAAGGAAGAAGCGGAGCACGGUUUCCGAGAGCUGUUCAGCGACAAGGCUAACCUGCGCCGGCGAUUGCUAACGGGCGUGGCUCUAGUGUUCCUGCAGCAGACUACGGGUCAGCCCAACCUCCUCUCGUACGCCUCGCCGCUACUACGCAGCGUGGGUUUCCAUAGCGACGCCGCCGCCAACCUCGCCUCUACGGGCUUCGGCGUAGUGAAAGUGGUGGGGACGGUUCCCGCCGUCCUAUUGGUCGACAGGGUCGGGCCCAAGAGCUUCCUGUGUGUCGGUGCGGUCGCCAUGGGGAUGUCGCUGGUGACACUAGGGGCGGUGACCUUGCAGAGCCACACCCAUCUCACCAGCCUAUGCCAGAGCCCUGUGGGGCUGAACCACACCUACCAGGGGCAGGACUUAAACACUCCUUCCUCCGGAUUGGACUAUAGCUCUUUUAAAUUAAUCACGCCCCCUCCUGGUGAGAGCCAAUGGAAUGGCAGUGACUCUGCGGAGGCUCUGGGGACUAAGAGAGAGGAUGCUGGGAUGGGGUCAGGGGUUAGGGGUCGGGGUCACGUGAAGUGGAUCUCACUUGUCAGCCUCCUGGUGUAUGUAGCUGCUUUCUCCUUCAGCCUCGGACCAAUGGUGUAUGUGGUGCUGAGUGAGAUCUUCCCAACAGGGGUCAGAGGUAAAGCCGUGUCUGUCGUGUCGGCUGUCAACUGGGCCACCAACCUCCUCAUGUCCAUGACCUUCCUCUCUGCCACAGAGAGGAUGACGAGGUGUAACAUCUAUUAUGGUCCCCCUGCAGAGAGGAUUGGUGUUCCCAACGUGAUGUUCCUGUACGCCACCAUAAGCUUCAUCCUGCUGGUCUUCGUCAUCCUCUUCAUCCCAGAGACUCAGGGACGCACACUGGAACAGAUCUCUAAAGAACUGGCCAAGAAAAAGCAGCUGAAGGUGAGGUUCUGGCGACGAGUGCAACCCCAGGAGACUUUCUUCACCAUUCACAGGACCCCUGAACUCUCAACUCUGAACCCUCACCCUCUCACCUAGCUGUCCACAGCAGAGGGAUGAAGAUCUGGGAGGAGAGAGGAAAUGCUAGAAAUGGAGAGGAGGGAGGCCGAGAAAGGAGGAGGAGAGAGGUAGAAGAGGGAUGAUAGAAGGAGAACAACCAUAUGACUAUGAGAUCACUUUCUUCUCCCUCGCUCGCUCCCUUCCUCCUUCCCUCCUAUUGAGAGAGCAACCCUGAGGCUCCGAUGGAACUCUGAGAUCUGUCUGUCCUCUGAAUUGCUGACCUGUCUGUCUGUUUCUACCUGUCUGUCUGUUUCUACCUGUCUGUCUGUUUCUACCUGUCUGUCUGUUUCUACCUGUUUGUAACAGAAUACACAGGAUUUUAUCUAAUAAGCUAUUUUCUGACCCCAAAUUUAUUCAAACAGGGACUUUUUCAAGUUAUGUUCAUGUUAAUGAAUUUACCCUUGGGGAAAAACACCUCCAUUCAUCCCAGUUUGAUAUUGGGACACAUGGUCUCGAGCUGGGUCAAAAUGUGUCAAAUUAUAUACCAUGUAUUUGACCCACUACCACUUUCACACAUGUAUCAAAUAAGGGGUUUUGUCUCUGUGUAAAUGGGGUUUAAGGUGCUGUUUCCACUGUUAUUCAGACCCCUUGACUUUUUCCACAUUUUGUUACAGCCUUAUUCUGAAAUUGAUUAAAUUGUUUUUAGCCCUCUCUCAUCAAUCUACACACAAUACCCAUAAUAACAUCACAAUACCCCAUAAUGACAUCACAAUACCCCAUAAUGACAUCACAAUACCCCAUAAUGACAUCACAAUACCCCAUAAUGACAUCACAAUACCCCAUAAUGACAAAGCAAAAAAAUAAAAAUGUAAUAAAAAAUAAAUUAUAUUAAAUGUACAUACAGUACCAGUCAACAGUUUGGACACACCUACUCAUUCAAGGGUUUUUCUUUAUUUGUACUAUUUUCUACAUUGUAGAAUAAUAGUGAAGACAUCAACACUAUGAAAUAACACACAUGGAAUCAUGUAGUAACCAUAAAAGUGUUAAACAAAUCAAAACAAUAUUUUAUAUUUGAGAUUCUUGAAAGUAGCCACCCUUUGCCUUGAUGACAGCUUUGCACACUCUUAAAUGAGUAGGAGACUAGUACUGUAAGCAUUCAGACCCUUUACUCAGUACUUUGUUGAAGCACCUUUGGCAGCGAAAACAGCCUUGAGUCUUCUUGGGUGUGAUGCUACAAGCUUGGCACACCUGUAUUUGGGGAGUUUCUCCCAUUCUUCUCUGCAUAACCUCUUAAGUUCUGUCAGGUUGGAUGGGGAGUGUUGCUGCACAGCUAUUUUCAUGUCUCCAGAGAUGUUCGAUCAGGUUUCAGUCCAGCCUCCGGCUGGGCUACUCAAAGACAUUCAGAGACUUGUUCCACAGCCACUCCUGUGUUGUCUUCGAUGUGUGCUUAGGAUUGUUGUCCUGUUGGAAGGUGAACCUUCACCCCACUCUGAGGUCCUGAGAGCUUUGGAGCAGGUUUUCAUCAAGGAUCUCUCUGUGCUUUGCUCCGUUCAUCUUUGCCUCAAUCUGGCUGGUGUGUUUACGGACAUAUUCAAUCUCUCCCAUUUUGCUGUCCCCAAGAUGGCCACCAUUGUUCCUGGACCCAAAGAUAACUGAAUUAAAUGACUAUUUUCCCAUAACACUCACCUCCACCUUACCUGACAUCCUAGACCCAUUUCAAUUAGCAUACCGCCCCAAUAGAUCCACAGCCUUCACACUGCACACUGCCCUAUCCCAUCUGGACAAGAGGAAUACCUAUGUAAGAAUGUUGUUCAUUGACUACAGCUCAGCAUUCAACACCAUAGUGCCCUCCAAUCUCAUCAUUAAGCUCAAGGCUUUGAGCAUGAACCCCGCCCUGUGCAACUGGGUCCUGGACUUCCUGACAGGCCGCCCCCAGGUGGUGAGGGUAGGAAACAACACCUCCACUUCGCUGAUCCUCAACACAGGGGCCCCACAAGGGUGUGUCUUCAGCCCCCUCCUGUACUCCCUGUUCACCCAUGACUGUGUGGCCAUGCAGCCUCCAACUCAAUCAACAAGUUGGCAGACGACACAACAGUAGUGGGCUUGAUCACCAGCAAUGACGAGACAGCCUACAGGGAGGAGGUGAGGGCUCUGGGAAUGUGGUGCCAGGAAAAUAACCUCUCCCUCAAUGUCAACCAAACGAAGGAGCUGAUUGUGGACUUCAGGAAACAGCAGAGGAAGCACCCCCCUAUCCACAUCGACAGGAUCGCAGUGGAGAAGGUGGGAAUCUUUAAGUUCCUCGGCGUACACAGGUGCAUCAAAGCAGGGACCGAGAGACUGAAAAACAGCUUCUAUCUCAAGGCCAUCAGACUGUUAAACAGCCAUCACUAGCACAGAGAGGUUGCUGCCUACAUAGAGACUCAUAUCACUGGCCUCUUUAAUAAAUGGAUCACCAGCCACUUUAAUAAUGUUUACAUAUCUUACAUUACUCAUCUCAUAUGUAUAUACACUGUAUUUUAUACCAUCUAUUGCACCUUGCCUAUGCUGCUCAGUCAUCGCUCAUCCAUAUACUGUAUGUACAUAUUCUCAUUCACCCCUUUAGAUUUGUGUGUAUUAGGUAGUUGUUGUGGAAUUGUUAGAUAUUACUGCACUGUCGGAACUAGAAACACAAGCAUAUCGCUACACUCGCUUUAACAUCUGCUAGCCACGUGUAUGUUGCCAAUAACAUUGAAUUUGAUUUGAUUUGAUUUGAGUCCCUGAAAAACCUCCCCACAGCAUGAUGCUGCCACCACCAUGCUUCACCGUAGGGAUGGUGCCAGGUUUCCUCCAGACGUGACACUUGGCAUUCAGGCCAAAGAGUUCAAUCUUGGUUUCAUCAGACCAGAUAAUCUAAUUUCUCAAGGUCUGAGUCCUUUAGGUGCCUUUUGGCAAACUCCAAGCAGGCUGUCAUGUGCCUUUUACUGAGGAGUGGCUUCUGUCUGGCCACUACCAUAAAGGUCUGAUUGGUGGAGUGCUGCAGAGAUGGUUGUCCUUCUGGAAGGUUCUCCCAUCUCCACAGAGGAACUAGAGCUCUGUUAGAGUGACCAUUGGGUUCUUGGUCACCUCCCUGACCAAGGCCCUUCUCCCCGAUUGCUCAGUUUGGUCAGGCAGCCAGCUCUAGGAAGAGUCUUGGUGGUUCCAAACUUCUUCCAUUUAAUAAUGAUGGAGGUCACUGUGUUCUUGGGGACCUUCAAUGCUGCAGAAAUGUUUUGAUACCCUUCCCCAGAUCUGUGCCUCGACACAAUCCUGUCUCAGAGCUCUACGGACAAUUCCUUCUACCUCAUGCCUUGUUUUUUCUGAGAUAUGCACUGUCAACUGUGGGACCUUAUAUAGACAAGUGUGUGCCUUUCCAAAUCAUAUCCAAUUAUUGGAAUUUACCACAGUGUAACGGCGAUCGUCUGUUGAAGGAGAAGCGGACCAAAAUGCAGCGUGGUGGUUACUCAUGUUCUUUAAUGAAGAAUCGACGAUACAUGAAAUAACUAAUAUAUACAAAAACAACAAACGAAACGCGAAAACCUAUUACAGUGAACACUACACAGAGACAGGAACAAUCACCCACGAAAACACUCACAGAAUAUGGCUGCCUAAAUAUGGUUCCCAAUCAGAGACAACGAAUAUCACCUGACUCUGAUUGAGAACCGCCUCAGGCAGCCAAGCCUAUGCUAGACACACCCCUAAUCAGCCACAAUCCCAAUGCCUACAAUAAACCCAUGUCACACCCUGGCCUGAACAAAUAACUAAAGAAAACACAAAAAUACUAAGACCAAGGCGUGCCAUAUUCUGUGAGUAUUUCGUGGGUGAUUGUUCCUGUCUUUGUGUUUGCACCAGAUAGGGCUGUUUCGGUUUUUCACUUUUUAUAUUUUUGUAGUUUCCGCUUGUAUUGUUUUUUCCUUCAUUUAAAUAUUAUCAUAAAUCAUCAUCACGCUGCAUUUUGGUCCGAUCUUCGUCAGAGGAGGAGAUAGAAGAACGCCGUUACACACAGGUGGACUCCAAUCAAGUUGUAGAAACAUCUCAAGGAUGAUCAAUGGUAACAAGAUGCACCUGAGCUCAAUUUUAGUGUCUCACAGCAAAGGGGUCUGAAUACUUAUGUCAAUAAGGUAUUUCUGUUUCUUAUUUUUAAUGCAUUUGCAAAAAUGUCUAAAAACCUGUUUUAGUUUUGUCAUUAUGGGGUAUUGUGAUGUCAUUAUGGGGUAUUGUGAUGUCAUUAUGGGGUGUCGUGAUGUCAUUAUGGGGUGUCGUGAUGUCAUUAUGGGGUAUCGUGAUGUCAUUAUGGGUAUCGUGAUGUCAUUAUGGGGUAUCGUGAUGUCAUUAUGGGGUAUCGUGAUGUCAUUAUGGGGUAUUGUGAUGUCAUUAUGGGGUAUCGUGAUGUCAUUAUGGGGUAUCGUGAUGUCAUUAUGGGGUAUUGUGAUGUCAUUAUGGGGUAUUGUGAUGUCAUUAUGGGGUAUUGUGAUGUCAUUAUGGGGUAUCGUGAUGUCAUUAUGGGGUAUUGUGAUGUCAUUAUGGGGUAUCGUGAUGUCAUUAUGGGGUAUUGUGAUGUCAUUAUGGGGUAUUGUGAUGUCAUUAUGGGGUAUUGUGAUGUCAUUAUGGGGUACAGUGAUGUCAUUAUGGGGUAUUGUGAUGUCAUUAUGGGGUAUCGUGAUGUCAUUAUGGGGUAUUGUGAUGUCAUUAUGGGGUAUUGUGAUGUCAUUAUGGGGUAUUGUGAUGUCAUUAUGGGGUAUUGUGAUGUCAUUAUGGGGUAUUGUGAUGUCAUUAUGGGGUAUUGUGAUGUCAUUAUGGGUAUCGUGAUGUCAUUAUGGGGUAUUGUGAUGUCAUUAUGGGUAUUGUGAUGUCAUUAUGGGGUAUUGUGAUGUCAUUAUGGGGUACCGUGAUGUCAUUAUGGGGUAUUGUGAUGUCAUUAUGGGGUAUUGUGAUGUCAUUAUGGGGUAUUGUGAUGUCAUUAUGGGUAUCGUGAUGUCAUUAUCGGGUAUUGUCAUGUCAUUAUGGGGUAUCGUGUGUAGAUUGCUGAGGAUUUUUAAAAUAUUUUUUUAUCCAUUUUAGAAUAAGGCUGUAAUAUAACAGAAUGUGUAAAAAGUCAAGGGGUCUGAAUACUUUCUGAUUAGAUCGUACAGUGGUGGUGAGGGGAGGACAGGUUCAUAUAAAUGACUGGAAUGGAAUCAAUGGAAUGGUUUCAUGUGCUUAAUAGUGUUCCAUUCAUUCCCGUUCGUUUACUAUGAGCUCAUUCUCCGAUUUAAAGUGCAACCAGCCACCACUGAUGUGGCUGUGUCUGGUACUGUCUGACCUGUCUGUUCACAGUUAUCUGUUCUGGACAUGGUUUACACCUGCGUUUCUUAAUUUACUCACAAGAAAACCAGAGUCAGUUAGUUAACUAACAGUCUUGCCCUUAACCAGUUGAAUCAGGUGUGUAUUGAUUGAUAGCAGAUGUUGCAAAACGUUUUGCAACAGAAACCGUUUACUCUAGGAAGCAAACAGAGCAGCAAAUGGAACAAAAUCGGGAGGCACCUACCUGAAUUUGUCCAAACGUUUUCCAUUUAGAGUAAACUGUUUCAAAACGUUUCGAAACGUUUUCCAUUUAGAGUAAACUGUUUCAAAACGUUUCGAAACGUUUUCCAUUUAGAGUAAACUGUUUCAAAACGUUUCAAAACGUUUUCCAUUUAGAGUAAACUGUUUCAAAACGUUUUGCAGCAGACUAAAAGCUUUGUAACAGACUAAACAUUUGCCAACCGACAAAAUGUUUUGCAACUAAAUCCGACUAGUGAAUACACUCCAGGUGUGUUUGUGUUCGUUUGUCCCGAGCUACAAUAAGAGUUCUGUUGGAGGAACAUGAAAACCAGAAACACUGUCUUGAAAGGUCCAGUGCAGUCAAAAACGUGAUUUUUUUCUGUGUUUUAUAUUUACUGAACAAAAAAUAUAAUACGCAAAAUGCAACAAUUUUUUAAAUUUUUACUGAGUUACAGUUCAUUCUCAUUAAAUAAAUCAAUCAAUAGAAAUACAUAAAUUAAUAAAUGUAAUAUCUAAUAUCCUAAACUAUGGAAUUCACGUGACUGGGCUCAGGCUACACGUGGUCUGCGGUUGUGAAGCCGGUUGGAGGUACUGCAAAAUUCUCUAAAAUUACAUUGGAGGCGGCUUAUGGUAGAGAAAGGAACAUUCAAUUUUCUGUCAACAGCUCUGAUGGACAUUCCUGCAGUCAGCAUGCCAAUUGCACACUACCCCAAAACUUGAGACAUCUGUGGCAUUGUGUUGUGUGACAAAACUGCACAUUUUAGAGUGGCCUUUUAUUGUCCCCGGCACAAGGUGCACCUGUGUACUGGCCAUGCUGUUUAAUCAGCUUCUUGAUAUGCCACACCUGUCAGGUGGAUGGAUUAUCUUGGCAAAGGACAAAAGCUCACUAACAGGGAUGGAAACAAAUUUGUGUACAAAAUUUGAGAUAAAUAAGCGUUUGUUUUUUUUGCGUAUGAAAAAAUGUCUGGUAUCUUAUUAUUUCAGCUCAUGAAACAUGGGACUAACACUA